AUGGCAUCAUUAAUAAUACUAGAAAUUAUUCCUAAAUAUGCUUUAUAUAGUGAUUGUAUAACAUUUGCUUUUGGAUUUAUUGGUAAUCUUUUAAAUCUUCUUGCCUUCGUUUAUCUUAAAUGCUUUCGAGAUCAGCGAUGUACUUUUUAUUUAAUAAUUGAAAUAAUUUCAAUUUUUGUUAAUCGAAGUCUUUCUCUCAGUUUGGAUAUCUCUGCAUCAGUUUAUCAAAGUGAUUUACCAACUACUUCACUCAUAUGGUGUAGAAUACGAACUAUUGUACUGGGAACGACUAUACUUAUAUCAUACAGUAUGGUAUGUUUGGCAGCUAUUGAUCAAUUUUUUUCAACAAGUCAUCAACUAUAUCUUCGGCAAUUGCUUACAUUUAAAUUAGCUCGAUGUCUUGUAUUUUUGUUAAUUCCUAUAUGGUUUCUUCACAGUCUUUUAUUUGCCUUUUUUUACAGUAUACAUCCCUCAGCAGGAUGUAUUAUAUGGAAUGUCAUAUGGAUUAGAUAUACAACAUUUUUCUUCUAUCCAUUUUUGUUAGGCUUUUUACCAAUUAUAUUCGCAUCAUCAUUUAGUUUGCUAGCUUAUAAAAAUGUUCGUCGAAUUGUUCGUCGACAAAUUCCAAUAGAACGCCGUCGAUUUGAUCGUCAAAUAACUGCAAUGGUCUUAAUUCGAGUUGUUUUUUUCGUAUGUUUGAUAUUACCCCAUUGUUGUUAUCGAAUCUAUCUUAUUAAUACUUAUUUUAUUCAAACAAAUUCGUUACAAUAUACCAUUGGCCAAUUGAUUCAAGUGUUAGCUGGUUCGUUAACGAAUGCACAAUAUGGGAUUAGUUUUUAUCUUUAUAUAAUAAUCUCACCACGAUAUCGUCGUCAAGUGAAAUCUGUGUUAAGAAAAAAAAUAUGGCACAGAUGGAAAAAUUGGUGUUGUGCUAACCAGAAUCAAAUAGCCCCUGAGAUUCAUAUAUCUACUGCUUCGAAUUUAGAAUUUAUGUAA